GUCGCCUAGUCAUGGAUGAGUUGUUAGGAGUACUUUUUAGAACUAAACAACCAGAGGGAACUAUAGGCAUUGUGGUAGGCCCCUCUGUUAGUAGUUUUGAACGUAGAGCCUUUGAGGUGGCAAUAAAAGUUAAAAUAUCUAUGUAUCCCAUCAUUAUAGCUA